GCCCCGGGGCUGGCGGCGCGCGCUGAAGGCCCCGGGGGAAGAAGGUCGGUGUGUCGGGGCGUCCUCCCCGGCAGGCCUCGGUGGCCGCGCAGCUCCGGGCGGUGCCAGGGGGCCGCUCAGUGCCACCGCGCGCGGGCCUGGCACAGCCGCAUUGAGCAGCCUCUCCGCGCGCGCGUGCGGCUCCGCGAGCCACGAACCUGCGGCCCGCCGCCCGGGACAGCGCGCAGCGCGGGGGGCGCGGCGGCGGGACCGGGGCGGGGCGGGCGCGGGCUCGCCGGCGGGGGCGCCGCGGCCGCGUCCCCGAGCGGGCGGCAGGCGGCGCGCGGCCGACGCAGUGCGGGCCCCCGAUCCCGCGCGCCGCCGACCCGCCCCGGGCGCGCCCCCGCCGCCGCGCGCCGCCCGCUCCCGGUCAGACGCCAACAUGGCUGGAGCGCGGAGGAGGUGAGCCGGCCGACCUGCCGCUCGAGCCCGCGGCGCUGCCCCGCCAGCAUGUGGGGCGCCCCGGACGAGAGCUCGGUGCGGGUGGCCGUCAGAAUAAGACCACAGCUUGCCAAAGAAAAGAUUGAAGGAUGCCAUAUUUGUACAUCAGUCACACCGGGAGAACCUCAGGUCUUCCUAGGAAAAGAUAAAGCUUUUACUUUUGAUUAUGUGUUUGACCUUGAGUCCCAGCAAGAGCAGAUCUACAUUCAAUGUAUAGAAAAACUAAUCGAAGGCUGUUUUGAAGGAUAUAAUGCUACAGUUUUUGCUUAUGGACAAACUGGAGCUGGCAAAACAUACACAAUGGGAACAGGAUUUGAUGUUAACAUCAUCGAGGAAGAACAGGGUAUUAUUUCUCGUGCUGUUAAACACCUUUUCAAGAGCAUUGAAGAAAAAAAAUACACUGCAAUUAAAAAUGGGCUUCCUCCUCCGGAUUUUAAAGUGAAUGCCCAAUUCUUAGAGCUGUAUAAUGAAGAGGUCCUCGACUUAUUUGACACCACACGUGACAUUGACGCAAAAAAUAAAAAAUCAAACAUAAAAAUUCACGAAGAUUCUACUGGAGGAAUUUAUACCAUAGGUGUCACAACACGUACUGUGAAUACAGAAUCAGAGAUGAUGCAGUGUUUGAAGCUGGGCGCUUUAUCCCGGACCACUGCCAGCACUCAGAUGAACGUCCAGAGUUCUCGUUCACAUGCCAUUUUUACCAUUCACCUGUGUCAGACCAGAAUGUGUCCCCAAAUAGAUUCUGAAACUGUGACUGAUAAUAAGGUGAUUUCUGAAUCAACACAGAUGAAUGAAUUUGAAACCCUGACUGCAAAGUUCCAUUUUGUCGAUCUGGCUGGGUCAGAAAGGCUGAAGCGAACCGGAGCUACGGGCGAGAGGGCCAAGGAGGGCAUUUCCAUUAACUGCGGACUUUUGGCCCUUGGCAAUGUAAUAAGUGCUUUGGGCGACAAGAGCAAGAGGGCCACCCACGUGCCCUACAGGGAUUCCAAGCUGACGAGACUGCUGCAGGAUUCCCUGGGCGGCAACAGCCAAACAAUCAUGAUAGCAUGUGUCAGCCCUUCAGACAGAGAUUUCAUGGAAACUUUAAAUACUCUGAAAUAUGCCAAUCGAGCUAGGAAUAUCAAGAACAAGGUGAUGGUCAAUCAGGACAGAGCUAGUCAGCAAAUCAAUGCACUCCGGAAUGAGGUCACACGACUUCAGAGGGAGCUCAUGGAGUACAAAACAGGUAAAAGAAUAAUUGACGAGGAGGGUGUGGAAAGCAUCAAUGACAUGUUUCAUGAGAAUGCUAUGCUACAAACUGAAAAUAAUAACCUACGUGUAAGAAUUAAAGCCAUGCAGGAGACGGUUGAUGCAUUGAGGACCAGAAUCACACAGCUCGUCAGCGAUCAGGCUAACCAAGUCCUCACCAGAGCAGGUGAAGGGAAUGAGGAGAUUAGUAAUAUGAUCCACAGUUAUAUCAAAGAAAUUGAAGAUCUCAGAGCAAAAUUAUUAGAAAGUGAAGCAGUGAAUGAGAACCUUCGAAAAAAUUUGACAAGAGCUGCAGCAAGGUCACCGUAUUUCAGUGGAUCAUCAGCUUUCUCUCCUACUGUCCUGUCCUCGGACAAAGAGACCAUUGAAAUUAUAGAUCUAGCUAAGAAAGAUUUAGAGAAGCUGAAGAGGAAAGAAAAGAAGAAGAAGAAAAGGCUACAGAAACUUGAGGAAAGCAAUCGAGAAGAAAGAAGUGUGGCUGGUAAAGAGGAUAAUACAGACACUGAUCAAGAGAAGAAAGAAGAAAAGGUUAUUUCAGAAAGAGAAAACAAUGAAUUAGAAGCGGAAGAAAGUCAAGAAGUGAGUGAUCGUGAGGAUGAAGACGAGGAGGAGGAAGAGGAGGAGGAGGAGGAGGAGGAGGACAUCGAAGGGGGUGAAAGCUCUGAUGAGUCGGAUUCCGAAUCAGAUGAAAAAGCCAAUUUUCAAGCAGACUUAGCAAACAUUACUUGUGAAAUUGCAAUCAAGCAAAAGCUGAUUGAUGAACUAGAAAACAGCCAGAAAAGACUGCAGACGUUGAAAAAGCAAUAUGAAGAGAAGCUAAUGAUGCUGCAACAUAAAAUUCGGGACACUCAGCUUGAAAGAGACCAGGUGCUUCAAAACUUAGGUUCAGUGGAAUCUUACUCAGAAGAAAAGGCAAAAAAAGUUAGAUCUGAAUAUGAAAAGAAACUGCAAGCCAUGAAUAAAGAGCUACAGAGACUCCAGGCAGCUCAAAAAGAGCACGCGAGGUUGCUUAAAAAUCAGUCUCAGUAUGAAAAGCAAUUGAAGAAAUUGCAGCAGGAUGUGAUGGAAAUGAAAAAAACAAAGGUUCGUCUAAUGAAACAAAUGAAAGAAGAACAAGAAAAAGCCAGAUUGACAGAGUCUAGAAGAAACAGAGAGAUUGCUCAAUUGAAAAAAGACCAGCGUAAAAGAGAUCAUCAGCUUAGACUUCUGGAAGCCCAAAAAAGAAACCAAGAAGUGGUUCUUCGACGCAAAACUGAAGAGGUGACAGCUCUUCGUCGGCAAGUAAGGCCCAUGUCAGACAAAGUGGCCGGGAAAGUCACUCGGAAGCUGAGCUCCUCCGACACCCCCGUUCAGGAUGUGGGCCCCACUGCGGCAGCGGGAGAGGCAGACGCCGCAAGGGCAGGAGCCCCGCAGCGAGUGAGGAUUCCCGUGGCAAGAGUCCAGGCUUUGCCCACGCCCACGGCGAACGGAACCAGAAAAAAGUAUCAGAGGAAAGGGUUGACCGGCCGAGCGUUUACUUCCAAGUCAGCGCGCAUGAAGUGGCAGCUUCUCGAGCACAGGGUCACAGACGCCAUCAUGCAGAGGAUGACCAUCUCCAAUAUGGAGGCCGACAUGAACCGACUCCUCAAGCAACGGGAAGAACUCACAAAAAGACGAGAGAAACUUUCAAAAAGAAGGGAAAAGAUAGUCAAGGAGACUGGAGAGGGAGACAAAAACGUGGUUAACAUCAGUGAGGAGAUGGAGUCCUUGACCGCUAACAUAGAUUAUAUCAACGACAGCAUUUCUGACUGUCAAGCUAACAUCAUGCAGAUGGAAGAAGCGAAGGAAGAAGGAGAAACCUUGGAUGUCACCGCAGUCAUUAAUGCUUGUACGCUGACAGAAGCCCGGUACCUGCUAGAUCACUUCCUGUCAAUGGGCAUCAGUAAGGGUCUUCAGGCUGCCCAGAAAGAGGCUCAAAUUAAAAUACUUGAAGGUCGGCUUAAACAAACUGAAAUAACCAGUGCUACACAGAACCAGCUCUUAUUCCAUAUGCUGAAAGAGAAAGCAGAGUUGAAUCCUGAGCUGGAUGCUUUCCUAGGCCGGGCUUUACAAGAUCUAGAUAGCGUACCAUUAGAAAAUGUAGAGGAAAGUACUGAUGAGGAGGCACCUUUAAACAGCCCAGGAUCAGAAGGAAGCACGCUCUCUUCAGACCUUAUGAAGCUUUGUGGUGAAGUGAGGCCUAAAAGCAAGGCCCGAAGGAGGACCACCACGCAAAUGGAACUGCUGUACGCAGAUAGCAGUGAACUAGCCUCAGACACUAGCACAGGAGAGGGCUCCUUGCCUGGCCCUCUCCCGCCUGUUGCAGAAGGGCAAGAGAUCGGAAUGAAUGCAGAGACAAGUGGUGCUUCUGCUAGGGACCAAGAGCCCCCUCCCCCAUCUGGCUUCCCUUCUAAGAUAGGCAGCAUUUUCAGACAGUCAUCUCUACCAGAAAAGAAGCUACCAGAGCCUUCCCCUGGAACCAGGAGAAAGACAUACGAAAAAGCAGAAAAAUCCAAGGCCAAGGAACAGAAACACUCAGAUUCUGGGACUUCAGAGGCGAGCCUUUCGCCUCCUUCUUCCCCACCAAGCCGGCCCCGUAAUGAACUGAAUGUUUUUAAUCGUCUUACUGUUUCUCAGGGAAACACAUCAGUUCAGCAGGAUAAGUCUGAUGAAAGUGAUUCCUCUCUGUCGGAGGUUUACAGGGGCAUAAUCAACCCAUUUCCUGCUUCAAAAGGAAUUCGAGCGGCUCCCCUUCAGUGUGUACACACAGCCGAAGGUCACACGAAAGCUGUGCUCUGUGUGGACGCUACUGAUGAUCUCCUCUUCACUGGAUCCAAAGAUCGUACUUGUAAAGUAUGGAAUCUGGUGACGGGGCAGGAGAUAAUGUCGCUGGGGAGUCAUCCCAACAACGUUGUGUCUGUAAAAUACUGUAAUUAUACAAGUUUGGUCUUCACUGUGUCAACAUCUUAUAUUAAGGUGUGGGAUAUCAGAGACUCAGCAAAGUGCAUCCGAACGCUGACGUCUUCAGGUCAAGUUACUCUGGGAGAUGCUUGUUCUGCAAGUACCAGCAGGACGGUGGCUAUUCCUUCUGGAGAAAACCAGAUCAAUCAAAUUGCACUGAACCCUAAUGGCACUUUCCUCUAUGCAGCUUCCGGAAAUGCUGUCAGAAUGUGGGACCUUAAAAGGUUUCAGUCUACAGGAAAGUUAACAGGACACCUAGGCCCUGUUAUGUGCCUUACUGUAGAUCAGAUCUCUAGUGGACAAGAUCUAAUCAUCACUGGCUCCAAGGAUCAUUACAUCAAAAUGUUUGAUGUAACUGAAGGGGCUCUUGGAACUGUGAGUCCCACCCACAAUUUUGAGCCCCCUCAUUAUGAUGGCAUUGAAGCACUAACCAUACAAGGGGAUAAUCUAUUCAGUGGGUCCAGAGAUAAUGGAAUCAAGAAGUGGGACAUAGCCCAAAAAGACCUCCAACAGCAAGUUCCAAAUGCGCAUAAGGAUUGGGUGUGUGCCCUGGGAGUGGUGCCAGGCCACCCAGUUUUGCUCAGUGGAUGCAGAGGGGGCAUUUUGAAACUCUGGAACAUGGAUACUUUUGUGCCGGUUGGAGAGAUGAAGGGUCAUGAUAGUCCCAUCAAUGCCAUAUGCGUUAAUUCCACCCACAUUUUUACUGCAGCAGAUGAUCGAACUGUGAGAAUUUGGAAGGCUCGCAAUUUGCAAGAUGGUCAAAUCUCUGACACAGGGGAUCUGGGGGAUGAGAUUGCCAGCAGUUAAGCGUGAGUGAAGGUAGUCAUGCAUCGAAUGCUGCACCAAUACUCUGUAGCUUCUUUAUGGAAAUGUUGCUGUGCAUUUAUUAGGCAAAAUAUUAUGAAUGGGAUUAACUGGAACAUAUAUCUGAAUCCAACUGCUGAAUAUAAAUGGUAUUCUAAUAAUAUUGUGUACUCUCCUGUGUGUUUAAUAUCCACCAAUACGUUAUCUGUCCUCUGAGUGGUGUACUGCUUGAUCCACACUUCUACUGUGGCAGAUUUCUGUGCCUAGCUGUAAAAACAACCUUCGGAUUACUUCAAAUACAAGAUGUCUGCUUUCGUGACCUUCAGAGAAUAUACUUGGAAUACAAUGCAGCCUACUAUUAACUCAUAAUACAGUCUGUUCAGAUGCUUUAUAUAUUUAAAUGUAUUGGGAGUAUUAGUCAAAUUGUGGACUGUUUGUCUGGUAUUUAUGUCAGUCUGUAGAGGAUUCCCAAAUUUCAAAGCUGUUUUAAUGGAAUGGAGAACAAAAAAGCUAUGCGAAUAUUACUGAGGAUUAUUCAUAAGGUGGUGUUGACUUUAAUCUACUAACGAAGAAUGUGAGACAGUUUGUCUUAACUGUUAACGUUUCCUUGUAUUGACCAAAGUUUUGCAGGCGUGCUCCAUUCUGUGCUCAGGACUAAAAUGCUCUUAAAGUGUGCUGUGCAUGCAUUCUGUGAUGGAAAACAUUUUUGAUGUCCUAACAAAUAUAUUUUCACCUAUUUUCCUAUGGCUUUGUUUCUAGUAUCACCUUUUAGUUUCACUUCUUUUUAAUAGUAGUAUUUCCUUCCCCUUUUACCUACUUUUUUUUAUAUGCUGCUAAAUAUAUUUUAAAUACACUAUGUUUGCAAACCUUGGUAGCUAUGAUGAGUACUCUAUCUAAUCUUCAGUGACAAAAGCUAUGUAAAUAGGUAGAUUGUAAAGAGAGAAUGUCUUUUGUUGCAGCUGUAUGAAUUUUUAAAUACUGUAGCCUGGAUUUUGCAAAAGGAUGUAUAAUUUAUCUGUCUGCUCAGAAUAUUAAUUUGUAAAUUCUGCAAGUUUAAUUUUUAUGUAGAUAGUAUAACAUUUGAAAAUAUUGUCUUGUGAUUUUUGUUUUCCCUGAAAGUAUUUGCUUGUAUAUGGAGCUUAGCUAGGGCUUAAAUAAACAUGUUGCUAUGAACCA